AUGCCAUUUACUAUUGAACCUAUCGUCCCUACUUCGCUGCAAUCUGGCGUCGACUUUGGAGCCAUCAUUAACGAUUUGGAUCUAGAGAAAUUGACGGACGACGAUUAUAAGCAACUGGAGAAUGCGGUUUAUACAUAUCAAGUCGUAGUUGUACGAAAUCAGGGCCAUAUCAGUCCCCAAACACAGUAUGAGUUGACGAGACGGUUUGACCCUUCUUGCCAUACGUAUGGCCACGGCAAACAAUCGCGUGCCAAGCAAUCAGUAAUUUCAAGGGACAUCUCGCCGCUACCUGAUGUUCCCCAAGUGCAGCUGUUAGGCAACGGCGUUGUCAGGAAUUAUCAAAAUAUCGACGAACGCCACCUCCACCAUCCUGAUCAUCGAACGUUCCAUCAUACCCCGCUGACCGAAGAAGAUAUUGCCAACAACAAGACUCGCUUCUAUCGUUGGCAUAUGGAUGCCGCCUUGUACGAGCUGGAAUUGCCAAAAGUGACCACCUUGUUCUGUGUACAAAAUCCGGAACCCAGACGUCAGACGGUGCACUACGAUGAUGGUUCAGGUCACACUUUGGAUGUGCAGCUGGGCACGACCGCAUUCAUUUCUGGCCAAAAGGCGUUUGAAUUAUUGUCGACCGAAAUGAAAGACUUGGCUUUCCGCACUCAAGCAAAGUAUGCCCCUCAUCCUUACUUGUGGAUGUCCAAAGCCAAAUCCCGGUCCAACGGACUGGGCAUGGUCACAGAAGGCAAAGAACUGUCGCCCGAAGAAUUACCGCCCAUCCAAGAGGAGCAUAUCAAAACCUACCCAUUGCUGUGGAAAAAUCCAGUGACCAAAAAAGUGCAUCUGCAACUCCAUCCUGCCGCUGUCCAGGAUCUCAUCAUUGAUGGAAAGCCCGUUGGCGAUCUUUUCCAAGUGCGCGAAAUUAUCUACAAAUUGCAGCGACCGGCCAUCAAUCCCGAAAACAUCUAUGCUCACGAAUGGAAGAAUGGCGACAUGGUCAUCUUUCAUAACCGCGGCGUAUUGCAUUCUGUGGUGGGGUCGCUGAAUGAUAAUGACAAACGAAUUUUCCAUCAAUGCAAUAUUGCCAGCGGUGAAGGACCUCUCCCUGCUACAGAGGAAGACUUGGCUCCUUACCUCGCCACAGGCGCAUAA